AUGUCAUCAUUUGUCACUUGUUCUUGUUGUCAAAAUCACAAACUUACACGUCAACUUCAAACAAAACUCACAUAAAAAUGGAUGGAUUCAUGCUGGAACCUACUCUGAACAUUGUCAAAGGCAUGUGCAUAAUGGAUAACGAUGGAAAUCGUAUCCUAGCCAAGUAUUAUGACAAAAACAUUCUGCCAACAGUGAAGGAACAGAAGACCUUUGAGAAGAACCUUUUUAAUAAAACUCAUCGUUCCAACACCGAAAUCAUCAUGUUGGACGGAUUAACCUGCGUCUAUAAGAGCAAUGUAGACUUAUUCUUCUAUGUCAUGGGUAGCACAUACGAAAAUGAGUUGAUUCUCCUGUCUGUGCUCAAUUGCCUCUAUGAUUCAAUUAGUUUGAUUCUAAAGAAGAAUGUCGAGAAACGUCUUGUUCUGGACAAUUUGGAAAUCAUUAUGUUAGCUUUCGAUGAGAUCUGUGAUGGAGGAAUCAUUCUAGAUGCAGAUCCCUCGUCGGUGGUAAAACGUGUCGACUUGAGAAACGACGACAUUCCAAUUGGCGAACAAACUGUUGCCCAGGUUCUGCAGUCGGCAAGAGAUCAACUCAAGUGGUCGAUACUAAAGUGAAAAAUAAUAAAUUCAAUCAUAACACAAACGAAAUCUUGUUUUUGAUACAAAAAAAAAAUGUUUGUUAUUUUGCUUUCCUGGUAAAGAAGCAAGAACACGAUUCGGAGGUAGUACAUAUUAAAUAUACAAAAAAUGCAUUUUAUUCCAAAAUAAAAUUUAUUAAUUUAUAAGCUAAAAA